GGCCGUGCGCAGGAAACAGAAAUUAAUUUUGAGAUGAAUUUGAAGAUAUGCUUGUGAUGUAUCAUUGAAAUUAAGGCUGUUUUCUUAGAUAUACUGGCAAAUACUACUUUUGGUGGAAAGGUUAAUGAACUCAUGGUGCAUGACGGUUUUAUGUUCCAUGUUCUACAAAUCAAGCCUUAAAGAUUUAAUGAAUCUACAAAGAAAUUGGAAAGCCUCCUAUGUAACAACAAUAUUUCUCAAAAAUGGUAGGAAAUAUAGCACUACAAAAAGAGGAAUGGAACUAGCAGAAAUUGUUGAAAGACUUGAAAAGCAUGCCCCUUUGUCAUUGGCCGAGAAAUGGGACAAUGUUGGACUUCUUGUGGAGCCAUCAAAUAGCAGUCACAUGGUCAGCAGAAUCCUUUUAACCAAUGAUGUGACAGAAGUAAUAAUAGAUGAUGCCCUUGAUAAGAAAAUUGAUAUGAUUUUGUCUUAUCACCCACCAAUAUUUAACCCUUUGAAAAGGUUAACUAGAGCAUCAUGGAAAGAACGCAUCGUUGUGAAGGCAAUUGAAAAUAAAAUUGCAAUAUAUUCUCCACAUACAGUUUUUGACGUGAUGAGAGAUGGUGUAAAUGACUGGUUGGCCAGUGGCUUGGGAAAAGGAAGUGUAAAGCCACUGAAGUGCCUAACAAUUGAUGACUCUACAGCAAUUAAUAAUUGGUACAUGAAAGGUGCUGGCAUUGGCCGCUUGUGCAGUUUAGAAGAUACAGUAUUUGUAGAUGAGAUUCUUCAGAGAAUUAAGAACUUUUUGAAAUUGGACAGUAUUCGUUUUGCAAGAUCAGUGUCUGCUAAUCAGUACAUAAAAACUGUUGCUAUUUGUGCUGGAUCAGGCGGCAGCGUGCUGAAAGGCGUUAAAGCGGAUAUGUUUUUAACUGGUGAGAUGUCUCAUCAUGAUUUGUUGGAUGCAGUUUCAAAUGGAACACAUGUGGUCUUGGGUGAGCACAGCAACACAGAACGUGGAUUUCUUAAAGAAAAGUUUUCCAAGUAUCUUUGUCAAUUACUUGAUUCGAAAGUAACAAUUUUAAAUUCGUGUAACGAUAAUGAUCCUAUUAGUAUAAUUUAAAUGAAGAAGUUUGAAGUGAGUUCAA